AUUCUUUUUUCGUUGGAAAGAGAGAAAAGAUGGGUGACAGGAUACAAGGUGUUUGGAUUUUUAAUAAAUUUGUGAUUUGGAAAAUCAAAACCCGAUAAAGAAUCCAAACAGGGUAAAAUUAUUAAAGACAUCAACAGUUGGUAAGUUCCCCACUCGGUUUUUCUUUUCUCAAGAACGUACUCGGAAAAUCAUGGCUUUAGCUUGACAGUUGAAAGACAGCUUCACCUUUUUUGGAUAGUAAUGGAAGAUUAUUUGGGGUUGGAAAAUGGAAAGCACUCCUGGGGCGAUAAAGAAAGAAUUAAAACACCAGUGAAAUGUCUCCAUCUUCAACUUUUCCUUGUCUUUUUUUGCUUAAUACUUUCCAGGUUUACACUGUUAGGUGCUUAGUUGUUUCCACUUUUCCUCAUUUUUGUUACUAUCUUUUAUUUGACUAUUUCAUUAUUUGUUUUAUUCAUUUUUUCCAUUGAGAAUGCUUAGAUUCAAAUAAUAUAAAAUAAAAUCAUAAGGUCCAAAACCUAUUGCUCUGAAACAUUCUUGGUAGGGGGUGUUCAUUGACUUGUUAUUUUCCAUGUUUCAGAUUAUGGUUUCUGUCGAAUACUAAUUUAUUAUUCUUCAAUGUCAAUGACUAUUUAGUUUCACAAAUAUUAAUGUUUAAAGAUCAGAUUUUUUUAAGCUCUCUCUGUAUUAAUUUUUUAGGGUGGAAGGUAGGUGCUUACUCAUUUCUUUUCCUGCAAAUGGCAUUCAUACGUUGGAGAUGUCGUAUUCGAUAUAAUUUCUUUGUUAUGCAGAGCUUUGAUAUAAAUACUAUGGGGUUGAUCAUAUUUGUGGAAGUCAAAAUGGCUUUCUUUUUUCAACAAUAAUUUGUGUAGACUAAAAUUGUAUCUGAAUAUGAUGACAAUUAUAGUCAAGAUUCUUUGUUUUGUUGCUUAUGAUGAUUGGUUAGUUUGAAGUUUCUUGGAAGUUUAUUUGUGCCAUGGAAGGAUGUUCUUUUAACAAAUCGUUUUUAAACUUUUGUACAACUGGUGAAAUUUAGACUGGAACUUUUCAACAUGGAAAUUGGAAUGAACUAGCGGAGAUUGAUAUAAUACUUUCAUCUCUAGUAAAUAGUGGGAGGUGAUAUGUGGUUUAUUUUAAUGACAAGAAUCCUUUUAGUCAAGAUUUUCCUAUGGCACAUGCAUUUAUGUAAUGCAAGACCUGACGGAGGAAAUGCUCAUUUGACAUAUCAAAGAGGAUAAAGAACUCUUAUCAGGUAUGGAGUCAAUCGUUGUAUUAAGCAUCUAGAUUAUGCUACAUGCUACUCUAACAUUCAAGUUGAAAUAUAAUUUUUCCAACAUGUGGCAAAGUAAUCAAGUCCGAAAGGUCCAUUAUUAUCAAGCCACCGCAUGUGAUAUUUAAAUGGUCGAUUCUUUUGGCAGCUUUAUAAGGUGAGCAGAAGCAGGCCUAGUCUAAACACUACCUGAAGUUAGAAUGACAGGCUAAAAACAUCGUAUCUUAAUAUUUAGGUGGCGUCUUAUCAUUCUAUAUUCUAGGCUUUUGAGUGAUGGUUGGUUAAAAGAAAGCUCCCAUUGACGGAGACGAAUUUGUAUGUUAUUUGCAGAACAUUUAAUUUAAACUGGUAUAUUUUGCUUUCCUUUCAAAAAAGAUGGUGGCACUUCAAUGAUUUCAAAUGCAACAUCAAUGAAAAAUUUGGAUCCAUUUUCCUUGCAUGAUAGAAGGCUAGAUCAUCAUGCAAAUGAGGAAAAAGAAAUAAAGGAGGACAUUUGGUGAAGCUGUGUAAAAUAGAACUGUCACUCUUUGCUGAAUUACUAUUAAAGAUCAAUGCAUGCUGUAGACCGAUAGCUACUAUCUAUAUGGAAAGCUCUGAACAUUGACAUCUGGUUUGAAUGAUCAGCUUAAGAUGUCUCGUCUUCCAAGGACUGACUUCUGCAUGGGUCACCUUCGUGAUAUCCAUAAGAAAUCCCGGUUGAGGGUGAAAUAUAUCCUACAAUGUUAAGUUUUAGAUUGUUGAUUAGCUAUGUUAUGAACCUAUAUGUCUGUCAAUACAUAUGGAUAACAAUUCCUGUUGCUGCUCUUCUAAUGUCAAAGCAAGAAGAUUAGAAGAGCUGUAUUUGUACAACAUGUCUAUAACCAAAAUGUACAAGCUAUAGCUUGCUAUUAGGGGUUGAUUCAUCUUUCUUUGUAUAGGAAAAAUUGUGACUAGACUAUAGAUAUGGGCAUCUUUUAUAAGCUAGAACAGCUUGAGUGACAAGCAACGGAAGAGAUGGCUUUCAUUGAUAGAUAGGAAUUGAUGUUCUUUUCAAAAUGUUUCCUAUAUAUUAGUACAGUUUCCUUUCCCUUUUAAAAGAUAUUGUGGCACUUUUAAGGAUUGCAAAUGCCACAUCAAAGUAAAAAAGUGAACCAUUUCCCUUGUACUAUAGAAGUAAAGAGCAUCACGUAAAUGGGGGAAAAGGAAUAAAGGAAGACAUUAGGUGAAGGUGUGGAAAUAGACCUGUCACUCUUUGUUAUAUUACUAUUAAAAAUCAAUGCAUGCACUAGUCUAACCAGUACUGUCAACAAAUGAAAAGCUAUGAACAUUGACAUCUGGUGUGAAAUGAUCGACUUUACAUGUGUCUUCCUCCAAGGACUGACUUCUGCUUGAGUCACCUCCUUUAUAUCUAUAAUAAAUCCAGUUUGAGGGUGACAUAUAGUUUAUCAUGGAAACUUACGGAGUGUUGAUUGACUGUAGCAUGGAUCUAUAUAUUUGUCAAAGUGGAUGGAAGCAUUCUCACUACGCAUCCCACACCAAAGCAAGAAGAUUAGAGGAGCUUGUCUUUGUGCAAAGUAUCCAAAACCGAAAUGUACAAGCUAUCAGCUUGCUGUUCUAUGACCUGUGGAAUUUCCUUUCAGCCUAAGAUGGUCCUGCCCAGUUUGAGAGUUCAAAAGCAGGGAAAUGGUCAUUGCACAAAUGUACCCCGCAAUGUAAACUUGGAAAAGCUGCAAAAUAACUAUUUGUUUCCUGAGAUUUCAAAGCGGGAGCUCAAUCACCUGGAUAAGUACCCAAAUGCAAGAGUGAUUAGCCUUGGAAUUGGUGAUACCACAGAGCCCAUUCCUCAGAAAAUUAGCCUUAGCAUGGCUAAUGCAUUAAGGAAAGCAAUUGCAGAAACAUUCUACAAAGAUGUAGUCAUAAAAGACACAGAAGUUUUUGUAUCAGAUGGUUCUCAGUGUGAUAUUUCCCGCCUUCAGUUGCUUCUAGGUUCAAAGGUGACAAUAGCCGUGCAGGAUCCAUCUUUUCCGGCUUAUAUAGAUUCAAGUGUUAUUAUCGGCCAGGCUGGUGAUUAUCAAGACAAAACUGGGAAGUACCAGAACAUUGAAUACAUGCUGUGCGGACCUGAAAAUAAUUUUUUCCCUGAUUUAGCAACCACUCCUAGAACAGAUAUUAUCUUCUUUUGUUCUCCAAAUAAUCCUACAGGUCAUGCAGCAACAAGGACACAAUUAAAGCAGCUUGUACGGUUUGCUAGGGAUAAUGGAUCAAUUAUUAUUUUCGACUCUGCUUAUGCAGCGUAUAUCACUGAUGACAGUCCUAAAUCAAUAUUUGAAAUUCCUGGUGCCAAAGAGGUUGCAAUUGAAAUUUCAUCAUUCUCCAAAUUUGCUGGGUUCACAGGAGUUCGUCUUGGUUGGACGGUGGUCCCUGAGGAACUCUUGUUUUCAAGUGGGUUUCCUGUCAUAAAUGACUUCAAUCGUAUUGUAUGCACUUGCUUCAAUGGAGCAUCCAACAUAGCUCAGGCCGGUGGACUAGCUUGCCUUUCUUCAGAAGGUUUCCAGGCCAUCCAUUCAGUGAUUGACUACUACAAGGAGAAUGCGAAGAUAUUGGUAGAGACUUUUGCCUCUCUUGGUCUAAAGGUUUAUGGCGGUGUAAAUGCCCCAUAUGUUUGGGUGCAUUUUCCAGGUUCAAAUUCAUGGAGCGUAUUCACAGAAAUUCUUGAGAAGACUCAUAUAAUAACAGUACCAGGAUCUGGUUUUGGUCCUGCUGGUGCAGAGUAUAUCAGAAUUAGUGCUUUUGGGCAUAGAGAGCGCAUCAUAGAAGCAUCGAGGAGGCUGGAAAAUCUUUUCUCCAAGAGAGAAGCCCUUUUUAACUUUGUAGAAUAAAGAGUGAAGCGGUUUCACCUGCCAUUCCAUGGUAUAAUUAUUAUGUAAAAUACUAAUAACAAUAUAAUAACCUGGCAGAGUCCCAUGGACCGAUCUUCAAGUAUUACAUAUUGCUUAGAAAAUUUUUCUUGCCAUCCAGUCUAUUAUCAUUCCAGGCAUUCUAGGGUUUUUUUUUUUUAAUGUGUUGCAUAAACUGGACUUUGAUAGAGGCCUAUGCUCAAUUUCAAACUGCCAAAGUGGCUAAAGAUGCAUCAGCACACGUACAGAAUCAUUGGAGACAUUGUUUUUACUGGUUUUACAACUCAUGGAUGAUUCAACUAGCUAUUUCCGAUGAGCAUGUUCUUUUUGAUGGGUUUAGAAAAAGAAAACGAAAAAUC